AUGCUUUAUACAUCAUUACAUGUAGACAGAUUCUAACCUUUUGAGACUGAAAUCAAAUUUAUUUUAUUUCAAUAAAAAUUCGUUUGAUUUAUAAAUAUACAAUAGUUUAUUAUUUAUAUUACGUGAUUUAUAAAAUAUUUAAUUUAUUGUUUGGAAAUAAGAAUAAUGGGUGAUCGUUGGGAAACUGAUAGCUAUUCGAGAAGUGAUAGGAGACAAUAUCAGGAUAAUUACCGGGAUAAUAAACGGAAUGAUUAUUCAAAGAGAGAAUGGACAAACUCAAACAGAGAUCAUCGUGGUCGACGUUCGGAUAAUUCAAGUAGAGAUUAUCAAGGAAGAGAUUCGAUGAACUCGGAUCAAUCAUAUUACGGACGAGACUCUCAACAUUCAAAUCGAGAUUAUGGGAGAGGACGUGAUUCCAGAGAUUAUCGUGGAGGAGAAUCUCAAAAUAACUAUGGCAGUUAUGACAAUCAAAAUAAAGAUGAUCAAGUGAUAUAUGUUCAGCAAAGACACGUUGGAAGAAUUAUUGGACGUGCUGGAGCCACAAUUAAAGAUUUGCAAUCCCAGAGUAAUGCUAGAAUUAAUAUUGACAAAUCCAAUGGAGGAGGAGAUGCUGCAGUAACUUUAACUGGAUCUAUUGAAGCUCAAAACAAAGCCAUGGAACUUAUUGGACAAUUAACUGGUGAAACUUAUUCUGGGUCACAGCAGGAUAAUCAAUCUUAUUCUGCACCUCAACAAGAUAACUAUCAAUCAUACGAUAACAAUCAAAGUUACCAGAAUAAUCAGUAUUCUAACAAUGAUUACACAAAAUCAUAUGAUAACACACCAAAGCCUCAACAAGAAGAAAGAGAUCCUCUUGACUUUGGUGAAUUUGAUUGGACCAUAGCAAAUAAAGAACACGAAGAAUAUAUGGCUCAAAGAAUAGCAAAAUUGACGCCUUUAAAGAAAGAUUUUUAUAAUGAAGAUCCAGAAGUUGCAAAUAUGACUGAUGAACAAGUCGCACAAAUUCGUAAGAUGAAGAAUAAUAUUUCAUGCCGUCGUGUAUUUGAAGAAGAAAACAAAGAUAAGUGUCCAGAUUUUAAAGUACCUAAUCCUAUUUUAAAAUUCGAACAUGCUUUUCGUGAUUAUCCUGAAAUUCUAGAAGAAAUUCGCAAGCAGGGUUUUACAGAACCAAGCCCAAUUCAAUGCCAAGCAUGGCCAAUUCUUUUAAGUGGUAAAGAUAUGAUUGGUAUUGCUCAAACAGGUACAGGGAAAACUCUUGCAUUUUUAUUACCAGCGUUGAUUCAUAUUGAUGGUCAAGUAACACCACGUGAACAAAGGGUUGGACCAAACGUAUUAGUUAUGGCUCCUACUCGAGAGUUAGCAUUGCAGAUUAACAGUGAAGUAAAAAAGUACGAGUAUCGCGGAAUUAAAGCUACAUGUGUGUACGGAGGUGGUAAUCGCAAAGAGCAAAUAGAAUGUGUUGUAAAAGGAGUCAACAUUGUUAUUGCUACACCCGGAAGAUUAAAUGAUCUUGUUAAUGCAGGGAAAUUGGAUGUCAGUGAAGUGAGUUAUUUGGUCUUAGAUGAAGCUGACAGGAUGCUUGAUAUGGGUUUUGAACCACAAAUCCGUAAAACUUUGCUUGAUGUUCGUCCUGAUCGACAGACUGUAAUGACGAGUGCCACAUGGCCCCAAGGUGUUAGACGAUUGGCUCAAUCUUACAUGAAAGAUCCAAUCCAAGUAUAUGUAGGAUCUUUGGAUUUAGCGGCAGUUCAUUCCGUCCGACAGACGAUUUUAAUCGUUGAUGAUUCAGAAAAAGAGCAAUAUCUUGAAGAUUUCAUUAGAAACAUGGGCGAAGAUGAUAAAGUUAUUGUUUUCUUUGGAAAAAAAACCAGAGUUGAUGAAUUUGCUAGUAAAAUGGCGUUAGCAGGUAUUACUGUACAAAGUAUUCACGGAGGAAGAGAUCAACAGGACAGAGAGCAGGCUCUCGCUGAUUUAAAAUCAGGAUCAGUUAGAAUACUUCUUGCUACUGAUGUUGCUAGCCGUGGAAUUGAUAUCGAAGAUGUGACUCACGUUUUCAAUUUGGAUUUCCCACGUGAUAUUGAAGAGUAUGUUCAUCGUGUUGGUCGUACAGGACGAGCUGGACGUUCUGGAGAAAGUAUAAGUCUUGUAACUCGUGGUGAUUGGGGUAUGGCUGAAGACCUUAUUGCUAUUUUGGAAGAAGCAAGUCAGGAAGUACCUGAAGAUUUAUACAAUAUGAAAGAUCGUCACGGUGCAUGGAAAGAAAGGAAAGCUCAAGAGAAAGAAACAGCACGUAUAGAUGCUCAGGGAGGAGGUGGACGUUAUGAACGUGGUAAUCGUGGUGGCGGAGGCCGAAGAGGUGGAGGAGGUGGUGGUCGAGGACGUCGUGGCGACAAUUACGGUUCUUUUUAUUAAAUUUAAUUUCUCGUAAUUUUUCAUAUGUAAGUUUUUGUUUAAAAACUCCUUAAUUGUUGAAUUUUUAAACAAACAAAAUAAUUCUACUUAUCCUUACGAAUUCGAUUAUGAUAAGAGUACAAAAACAUUCAGUUUAAGCACAACGUCAUUUUUAUGUUUAAUUUAAUUUUUUUCAUUCCAAAUUCAAGUAGAUUAAAUUUCGAAAAGUCUGAGGUUAAUAACAAUUCAGGGAUUACGUGUCUUCCUAAAAAUACUGUAAGUGUAGAUAAUACAUAAUUCCUAUUGUUUAUUCACAUCACAGAUGGACUUAUUUUCUAUUUAUAUAUAGAUUAUGAUUACAAACGGAUAUAUUUACUUUGUUAUUCAUAUAAAAUUAUUUUUGCAGUACAUUAUCGAAUAACCAAAUCAUAAUUGUG